UACUUUAUGAUGUUCUGGAUCCGCCACUGGUCCCAGUUUGGGUUCAGUCUCAGCGUGGCCGUUCACUGCGCAUGCGUACAGACCGGUGUCCGGUGUCGGACUGACAGCAGCUGUUGAGACCAUGAACGGUAGGACCGAGACAUCAAGGAAAACACACUCAGAAUAACCGGUACUGACCCGGUACAGAGCCGGGACUGACCCGGUACAUAGCCGGUACAGAACCGGGACGGACCCGGUGCAGAGCAUCCGAUCUGCAGAAGGAGCUAACGGAGCUAACAGGCUAACUGACGGCAGACAGUCAGCUGUGAUCUGACAGGCUGAAGGCUAACAGCUAAGCGCUAACAGCUAACGGACAGGCCACCGGUUCAUGCUCGCCACGCUGCACCGCACUGACCCGAUCUGUCGCCGUAGUUUGUGGACGGUCUGAACCUCCUGCAGCCGGUCUGUCUCCGGGUUUCACCGCCGGUUUGUUUGUGCUGAAGUUCCGCUGCCUGACGAAGAAAUUGAUCCGGAGCUCGUUCGAACGCACAAAUCCGGUUCGGUUUGAGGACCGGGAGCCAGGAUGCUGAUAGCCGUCGCCACAGGAACCGGGAACACCACCACCGCCGCCAAGAAACACAGACGGAGAGGCAAGAAACACCGGAGAGUCCGAACAGAUGAGAACCGACCUGAUGACGUCUGUGACCUUCAGAGCCUAAACGCCAACAGUAGCCCCGGCCCCAGGCCACAGCAAACCGACCUGCUGCCCCCGCGACACACACCUCAGACCACCACAUCACCACUAAAUACGCCGACGUGUACUGAAGGUUUCCAUGAGUCCACUACAGAACUUCGAGACACCAACGUCCCACCGUCCCCUGAGACUGUCCCCCGAACCACGGCCCCGGCCCCCCAGGACGCUAGCACACACCCCCAGAACACCACUACACCACCCCCUCCAGAUACGACAGACAGCCCUGUAGCACAGCCGGUCCCUGCUGACAGCAGCCCCCUGAACACCCCAAUGGCACCUCUGAUAUUCAGCCAAUCACCUGCUGCCACAUCACAGAACCCUGCUCGCAGCCAAUUACCGCCAACUGUUCACCAAAAUAUGACCCCGGAUUCCUCCAGAUCACCUCACAGAACUCUUCCAAAGACCGAUCAGAGUCGACCUGAUGGUCAAACAGAAUCACCUCUGACCUUACCACGCCAUAUUACCCACAAUGCCUCACAAUCACCGUCUGCUUCUGCCCAGCGACCUGCCAAAGCCCCUCCGUUAAGCCCCUCCCACCCCGAUCCCGACCCCUUCCUGCUGACGUCAGUGACCUUCACCUCCAGCGUCUCCUCCCACCUCUACUCCCCCACCUACCAGUCCGCCUCCUUCCUGAGCUCCCUAGACCCUCUGGGCCCCCACACCGGUCUGCCUCACAUGAUGUCAUCGGCCACCUCACAGAUGACCACACCCCCUCCCCCUCUGAGCCCUCCCCCUCCAGAGUUAACCCCGCCUCCUGUACAGCUGCUGGGCUCUGAUGAUGAGGAGCAGGAAGACCCGUCAGACUACUGCAAAGGUGGCUACUACCCGGUGAAGAUCGGCGACCUGUUUAACGGGAGAUACCACGUGGUCAGGAAACUGGGCUGGGGACAUUUCUCUACGGUCUGGCUCUGCUGGGACCUGCAGAGGAAGCGUUUUGUGGCGUUGAAGGUGGUGAAGAGCGCUCCACAUUACACGGAGACGGCGCUGGAUGAGAUCAAACUGUUGCGAUGUGUUAGGGACAGCGACCCCUCUGACCCUUACAGAGAAACCAUUGUCCAGCUGAUCGACGACUUCAAGAUCUCUGGAGUCAAUGGAGUCCAUGUCUGUAUGGUUCUGGAGGUUUUGGGUCAUCAGCUGUUGAAAUGGAUCAUAAAGUCGAACUACAUGGGGCUUCCUCUGGUCUGUGUCAAGACCAUCAUCAAACAGGUGCUGCAGGGGUUGGACUACCUCCACACAAAGUGUAAGAUCAUCCACACUGACAUCAAACCAGAGAACAUCCUGUUAGACGUUGACGAGGUUUACAUCAGGAGAUUGGCGGCUGAGGCGACCGUCUGGCAGAGAGCCGGAGCCCCGCCCCCUUCUGGGUCUUCAGUUAGCAUGGCUCCCAGGGAUCUGCAGGCUGGUAAACUGUCUAAGAACAAGAAAAAGAAGUUGAAGAGGAAAGCGAAGCGUCAACAAAGACUGUUGGAGGAGAGACUGGUGGAUAUACAGAGGAUGGAGGAUGAGGACGGUGUGCUGGUCCAACCUGACGACACAGACGGUUCCUGCUCUCUGGUCGUCAACGGCAACAACAAUUCCUGCUCCAUAGCCAACAGCAAAGCCAGCCCAGAGUCCGCCUGCUCCUGGUUGGAGGAAAGGUGUAAUGGCCACGACCCCGGGCGCUUCUCCAGCCCCGCCUCGGGCCUAUCAGGUUUCUCCAGCUCUGUGAUGUCAGCAACAUCUGAGUCAGCACUUUCUACCCAAUCAGGAUAUUCAAGCGGACGAGACGUGUUCAGUGCGUCAGACUUCGUCCUCAGUCCUCUGGAUCCUCAGAACGCCCACAAACUCAGAGUGAAGAUCGCCGAUCUGGGAAACGCCUGCUGGGUGCACAAACACUUCACAGAGGACAUACAGACCCGACAGUACCGAGCUCUGGAGGUUCUGAUUGGAGCAGAGUACGGACCGCCAGCUGACAUCUGGAGCACCGCCUGCAUGGCGUUUGAGUUGGCCACAGGUGAUUAUCUGUUUGAGCCUCAUUCAGGAGAAGAUUACACCAGAGACGAAGAUCACAUCGCUCACGUCAUCGAGCUGCUUGGACCGAUUCCUUUGCCCUUCGCUUUGUCUGGCAGGUACUCCAGAGAGUACUUUAACAGGAGAGGUGAGCUGCGGCACAUCUCCAGCCUGAAGCCGUGGGGUUUGUUUGAGGUGUUGUUGGAGAAGUACGAGUGGCCGCUGGACCAGGCGGCACAGUUCAGCGACUUCCUGUUGACCAUGUUGGAGCUGCACCCGGAGCGCCGAGCGACGGCAGCACAGUGUCUGCAGCAUGCCUGGCUGCACACAUAGACACACACACACACACACGUGUUGAGGAGUUUUGUAAAUCUGUUGAUUUUCUGUGAGGAGGGAAGUUAUCACCUCUAAUUCAUAGCUGGUUAAUUGAUCGAUUUAUUUUAAAUGAAGGAAAAGAAACACUUCUCCUCCCUGACCUUUUGACCUCCAAAAUGUCACCACUCUGUUUCCAUGGCAACGGUCUGUUGUUUUAUUGAAGGUUCAUUCAUGAAGCUCUGGUCGAGGUUUAUUUUCCCUCCAGCAGGAAUCUCCUAAGCUUCUGUUUGUUGAAACACUUUGUGUUUCUGUUGUAACCCUGAUUUCGGAUCUGAUUUCAUAUCUGAUUUUUGAUCUGAUUUCAUAUCUGAUUUCUGAUCUGAUCUGUGAUCUAAGUUGCUGUCCUUAAGCUAUGUUUUUUUCUUUCUUUUUGUUUCUGUGAUUUCAUGGAUUUGUACUGAUUUUCAGUAUUUCUGAUUUUGUCGCAAAGUGACUGAGUUAGUUCGGGUUAGACUGAAUUUUGAGACUUGUAAGACUCCUGAACAUCGAUGAUGAUGAUGAUGAUGAUGAUGAUGAUGAUGAUGAUGAUGAUGAUGAUGAUGAUGUUGAUGAUGUUGAGUUUUGGUUUAGAUGAGCACACUGUAGCUUCUCACUGACUCUGAUGACAUUAUUGAUCGUAUUGACCUCUGUAGCUCAAAGUGAAAGUGAGUCGUCCUCUCGACCUUUGACCUCUCACCUGUUUCUAUGUCCAUAUAAUAGUGCCUUGAAAUGACCCCCCCGUCACAGUGACAUCACCAGUGACAUCACCAGACAGUUUUUUUUACAUGUCUGUUUGUGUGAAAUGUUUCUUCUGUGAAAAUAAAGAUGAAUGAAAGCUCA